AGAGAGAGAGAGAGAGAGUUAGUUGGAAAGUAGAUGGAGAGGGCAGGCCCAUUCACUGGAGGAACAUCUGUGACUCUGCAGCCUCCCGAAACCCACCUCCUCUAGUCUAGUGCUCUGCAAAACCCUGGCCAUGGAACACCUAUGAGGGUGUAAGGGGGGCUUCAUUCAGCAGGAUCUCCACACAUACUGAGAUCUGGUGCAAAAACUGGAGCUUGACACUUGAGGAACAUGGGUUGCAAAACGAGAUCCAUGCAUUUUGUCUUUUGGUGUCUGUACUCCAUGCUCCUCCCCUUAUUUUGCACAGCACAAGAUGAGGACAUGAGAUUAAGUUGCAGAACAGCACCGAGUGACCUAGUAUUUAUACUGGACGGCUCGUGGAGCGUGGACGACACAAAUUUCGAGAUAGUUAAACGGUGGCUAGUGAACAUCACAACAAGCUUCAAUAUCGGUCAGAAGUUCACCCAGAUUGGGGUGGUCCAGUACAGUGAUGACCCUGUCCUACAUGUACCACUGGGACAGCAUCACUUAACCGGUGACCUCAUCAGAUCUAUGGAGUCCAUAGAAUACAUGGGUGGCAACACAAACACAGGGAAAGCCAUUAAAUUUGCCAACGACAAGCUGUUUGCCCUGUCUGAGCGCGGCCCCAACGGCGUCGCAAAGAUUGCUGUGGUUCUGACGGACGGGAAGUCACAAGAUGCCGUGCUGGAAGCUGCAGAGGCCGCGAGGAAAAAAGGGAUAAUCCUCUUUGCGAUUGGAGUCGGGUCUGAGACGGAGGACAUGGAGUUGAGGGCUAUUGCCAACAAGCCGUCCUCGACCUACGUCUUCUACGUGGAAGACUAUAAAGCUAUCUCCAAGAUCCGUGAAGUCAUUCGACAGAAGCUGUGUGAAGAGACCGUGUGUCCAACAAAGAUACCGAUCGACUCUCGGGACGAGAAGGGAUUUGACAUCCUGCUGCACCUGAACUUGGCCAAAAAGACCCCAAAGACUCGAGGAUCAUAUUAUGGAACCAAAGCCUAUCAAGUGACCUCCCGAGUUGAUCUCAGUGAGAACACCAGGACUUUGUUUCCUGACGGGCUUCCACCAUCUUACGUGUUUGUGGCCACACUUAAGUACAAGGGCUCCGUGCUGAUGGAAGAGUGGGAUCUGUGGCGGAUACAGACGACGGAGGGGAAGCCUCAAAUGGCGGUCACUCUAAAUGGCUUAGACCGAACAGUCAUGUUCACAACCACAAGCAAUGAUCCGAGUGGGAUACAGACUGUGGUCUUCACUAAGCCACCAGCAAGGAAACUUUUUGAUGAACAGUGGCAUCAGCUGCGUCUCCUGGUAACAGAGGAAGACGUCACUCUUUAUGUUGAUGACCUGGAAAUUGAAACCUUGGCACUGGAUCCUCCCAUUGGCAUUUUCAUCAAUGGAAAGACACAAGUUGGGAAAUACGUCAGUAAAGAAACGACCGUUCCGUUUGAACUACAGAAACUACGAAUCUACUGCGACCCUGAGCAGAAUAACAGAGAGACUGCUUGUGAAAUACCUGGAGUUGAUGGAGAGUGUGCUGAAGUUUCGGCUGACAUCGAUCCAACUCCAGAACCCUGCGUCUGUCCUCCUGGAGCACCGGGAGCUCCAGGCCCAAAGGGAGAGAAAGGAAUCGCUGGAGAACCUGGUAUACCUGGUCUUGCUGGUGCUGAUGGUAAGCCUGGCGUUCCUGGACUAAGAGGAAGUCCCGGCCUUCAAGGUCCUCCUGGCAUAGAGGGUCCUCGUGGAGCAGAUGGGUUUAAGGGGGAAAAAGGAAGCUCUGGAGAGCCUGGUGAAAGAGGAGUCUCAGGGUUACCUGGGCAACCAGGUCAACCAGGUGAAAAGGGGGCGGCUGGCUCUCAAGGGGGACCAGGGAUGCCAGGAAAAGACGGACAAAAGGGUGAAAAGGGAAGCAGUGGACCUGCUGGCCCUCCUGGAUAUCCAGGGCAACCUGGACCACCAGGAAGAGAUGGGAAAGAUGGGAUUCCAGGUGCAACUGGUCAAAAGGGAGAUGCAGGAGCUCCUGGCAUUCCUGGCCAAGACGGAAGACAAGGACAUCCUGGAAUGCCGGGAUCACCUGGCACUGAAGGCCCGAGGGGACCAAAGGGCGAGGAAGGAUUGCCUGGCCAGAAGGGAGCCAAAGGUACACCUGGAGGCAGCGGUGAGAUGGGUUUGCCUGGAAUGCCUGGUGUACCUGGAUUACCUGGACCUAAGGGCAGUAAAGGAGACAAUGGGGAGCCAGGUCAGCCAGGGCUUCCUGGGCAACAGGGCCAAGCUGGAGAACCAGGGAGCCCUGGUGAGCCAGGGCAUCCUGGAAUGCCUGGAAUAAAAGGACAUAAGGGAGAAAGAGGAGAACCAGGUGAAAGAGGGGGAGAGGGGUUAAAAGGAGACAAAGGAGAUCCAGGAAAACCCGGUGACAAAGGUUUAACUGGGCUGACUGGGCAAAAAGGAGAGAAAGGGACAACAGGAGAGCCUGGCCAGAGGGGACAGAUAGGCCACCAGGGACAGCCAGGACAGCCCGGGCAGCCAGGUCUGCCUGGACCCAGAGGACAGAAUGGGGACACUGGCCCCCCUGGACAACCUGGACUUGAAGGACGACCAGGCAGAGAACUAUCUGAGCAACACAUCCAGCAGAUAUGCAGAGAGGUCCUUCGAUCUGAGAUCGCCUCGCUUCUGUUGAGCACUCAACACAGUCAACAGAGAAGCUGUGACCACUGUCAUACGAGGUCGGGACCUCCUGGACCACCAGGGUCAGUAGGUCCCCAAGGUCCAAGAGGUUUUCCAGGAAUGCCAGGAUCUAAUGGGAUGCAGGGACACCGUGGCUUACCUGGGAGGCCUGGUAUCCCUGGCAUGAAAGGUGAUCCAGGAGAAAAGGGUGACAAAGGAAAUCAAGGGCGAACAGGAUAUGGAAACCCAGGUCCUCCAGGACUUCCAGGUCCAAUGGGUCCACCAGGGGCCAGCAAACCGGGUCACCCAGGCAAACCAGGCCUGCCUGGUCGUCAUGGAGAAGAAGGUAAAAGAGGAUACCCUGGAGAACCUGGCUCGCCAGGCGUGUGCCAUCCGUCCAUGUGCUACGGCGCAAUGUUCAGGAGGGAUCCUUUCAGUAAAGGCCCAAACUAUUGAAACAACCUUGGAUGAAACAUGGACUACCAGUCUGGAUGUGGUGCUCAGUGAAUGAGAGAAAAGUUAACAGCAAACCUUUCCAAUCUCAGGAUGAUCAUAUUUUCAAGGGCGUCUCUGAUGAGCGGAGACAUCAAGUACCUCUAAUAGUGUAAAUAAUGAAACGCACGCAUGAAAAAAACAGCGUCGCAAACUUUGUCAUUGUUUCACCACUCGCUUUUCUGUGUCGUAGACUGAACAGCUGCCCUGGGUUACUGACAGUAUGUCUUUUAUAGUAUGCAAAAUGCAGCAGAUCAGUGGGAGUAAAGGCGUCUAGUGUCUGGAGCCCUGCACUGCCUGCAGACUUUGAAUUGAACAGACGGCACUACUCAUUUUCCUGACUCUGUAGCUCCCCCCAGUGUUUGUCUGUAGCUUUUCAACCAUCCUGUAGUAUCACACCUCUUUUAGUUAGUUUGCCUUAUUUAAUAUGAUCAAAAAGCAUCGUCUGUCCAGACGUUAAUCAUCGUUCUGUACGUCCUACACGUCCUGACAUCAUGUUUCGUCCAUAGCUUCAAUGUAAGCCAUAAAACUGCAUGCUUUUCAUACAAGUUGGCUCUCUGUCUGCUAAUCUAUUAAAAUGAAUGCCUCAUUUUCCUUACUAGAGGAGGAGAAGAGAGACUAGUAGACCAGGAUCUUGCCCAUUUUAGGAUUAUUAUCAUUAAUGUGGAUUACGAAUGUGAGCUUGUUAUAAAAGAGCACUGCUAUGCUGUCAUGAAUCACGAAACUUUUCCUGGUUGCUCGUCCAGCAAUUUAGUUAUUCUUAUGAACGGAUAAUAAGUCCACUUUUUGAAAGAAUUUUUGUCAUUUUUAAUUUCUUAUUGUCAAUGUGUUUUUAUGGCGUAAAUUACUUUUGAUAAUAUUAAUUAAAACCUUUUUUUUAUUAA